UCUUGGUUCAGUACAAUUUAUUGUUAAUGGUUUAGAAAAUGUAGCUGUAAGUGUAAGUUGUGGCUAUGUCCUUCAAGCUUUGUCGCCUUUUUUUCCUUGAGAAGCAAGUUUUCUCAUGCUCUAGUCCGAACCAAAUGAAAUCUAUUUACUUAAAAUGUGAAAUCUUUUUGUGGUUGAUGCUGCACUACUCCCAUUUGUAAGAUUUAAUUUUCGAUUUAGGCUGAAGCACAGAAGUAACAGCACCACUGCACCAGAUGCAUGGAAUCUGUGAGCUAAAUGAAUGCAGGCUCAGCCAUUUCACCGCCCACUUUGCACCACCCAGUUUGCUCGAGCGAACUAUGCAUGUACGAGGCUGCCAUACAUCCCAAUGCCUAAUCCUAAACCACCCUUGCCGUCAUCUCCUCCUGCUCCACCCUUGCCACCAGCUCCUGGCCCUGAAGAGCUUAGUCAUUACCAUGGUCACAGCCACGGCCAUGGCCACGGUCACAGUCCAAGACAUGGGCAUGGGCACGGACAUGGCAAAGCUCCAGGGCAUGGGCAUGGUCAUGAUAAUGCUCCAGGGCAUGGACAUGGGCAUGGGCAUGGGCAUGCUGACAGUCAAAGACAUGGACAUGAACACGAACAUGGUCAUCGUAAUUCUCCAGGGCAUGAACAUCGAAGAAAUCAUAGUCAUGCCCAUGGUAAAUAUCAGGGGAAUGUACAUGAACAGCAAUAUCUUCAAAUACAGAGGCAUGAAAAUGAGCAUGAAUUCAGGCAUAGGCAUAGGGGUGGUGGACAUGAAUCAUAUUUGCAAAAGGAAUGUUGCGACUUGCUGAAUGACAUAGAUGACGAGUGUGCCUGUCUGCUGCUGGUUCAUUUGCCGCCCGCCUUUUCCAGGCUUGCCCAUACAUAUAAUAUCUAUGUUGAUGAGUCGUGCAGUGUAAGUUUUAAAUGUGAAGGACGAUUUUUUUAAUAAGUCCAUAACAGAAUAUAACUUGGUGGUGUCUCUCUUGGUCGAUUAUGUCUAAAUUAUUAGUUAUCUGAGUUCUAUUAAUUUGAAUCUGAAACAAGUAUUGCCCGGAUAAACUAAAAUGCUUUGGUUCAGCUUGUGUUCACUAGCUUGGGCAUCAGGUUCUUAAAAUGUUGUAAUAUUUAUCUACUUCAAUUGUCCAAGCCAAAGUCAUAGGUAUGUUACUAAUUAUUUUGAUAUGUGAAAUAAAAGCUGAAAGUUAGUUUAAGCAGUA